UACUUCCUUGUGUCCCUCGCUGGCUCCCAGCCAUCCCCUUCAGCUAAAACCCAAUCUCCGAUAUACUACUAAUAGCUAAACCACUUGGACUAUAAAACACAACAAAUCAUAAGGCCGGGGAAGGACCGCUGCCUCCUCCCAAUGAGUUCUUAUUUUGUCAACUCCACUUUCCCGGUGAGCCUGGCCGCCGGGCAGGAGCCUUUCCUGGGACAAAUCCCGUUAUAUGCCUCGGGAUAUGCGGAUCCUUUAAGACACUACCCCGCUACUUAUGGAACCAGCGGAGUGCAGGAAAAGGGUUACCCUUCCUCCUCUUACUACCAGCAAGCGAACGGGGCGUACAGCCGGACCUCCGCCUGUGACUAUGGGGUAGCAGGGUUUUACAGGGAGAAAGACCCUGCUUGUGCCAACCCCAAUCUGGAGGACCAUGUCCCGUUUGCCUCAGACCAGCGGAAGUCAGAUUGCGCCCAGAGCAAAACUGUUUUCGGGGAAAGUGAGGAGCAGAAGUGUUCUACCCCAGUCUACCCCUGGAUGCAGAGGAUGAAUUCUUGCAACAGUUCAUCUUUCGGGCCAAGUGGCAGAAGAGGCCGGCAAACCUACACCCGCUACCAAACGCUGGAGCUGGAGAAAGAAUUCCACUUUAAUCGCUACUUGACCAGGCGUCGGCGAAUCGAAAUAGCACACGCACUUUGCCUCACAGAACGACAGAUCAAAAUCUGGUUCCAAAACCGGAGGAUGAAAUGGAAAAAGGAAAACAAACUGCUCAACUCCACGCAGCUGAGCGCGGAGGAGGAGGAAGAGAAAGCCGCGGAGUGAAAAAAAAUAUUUAAGAGAAAGAGCGAAUGUACCCACACUUAGAGGAGGGAGAAGGUGGGGGGGAACGGGUUGGAGUGGCAUUAAAAACGCACCCCGACGUGGUGCACGCUUUGUAAAAUACCCGAGACAGUUUGAAGGUGGCCUGCCACCGACAUCACUUUGCACCGAUGGACUCGUGAUCAGUUAAUCUGUCGUGUCAUAAAAAUAAAACCAGGCUUCUAGUUGAGGGUUUUUUUUCGUUCUAUUCCUCCAAAUAUAAUAUAAUAUAAAAUAAUAAUAAUUUGGAACUCUUACCUGUGUUUCUCCCCUUGGUGUCACUGUUAGUAACCUGCUAACUCUUGUAUUUAAUGGAGGUGCUGCAAUAUGUGUCAUUUUUGGUGUUUAUUGUCUUAAUUUUGUAAAAUGUUUCAUGCACGAUUGACUUAUAGAUUCCCCCACCCCUGGUUGCUUUUUCCUUUUGGUAAAUUAAUCAAACCCUGGGGUCUUCGUAAUUAGUUUCAUUUUUAAGAGGAAAACCUACUGAAGGAACAAGUACUACCUACAAAGAUGCAAAAGCAACAACAAGAAAUAUUCUAUUUUAUUAAUUUUUGUACGUGUCGUGUUUGUAGUUUGUCUUAGGUAUGGACCUGGAGUACUCUAAUAAAAGCAAAGUAUUCGCACCCCUGCUCAGCCCGUUGGUGUCAUUAACAGUAUUAUUAGCCCUAGCUAUGAAAAUGUGCCAUUCCUGUGCAGCUGAAUGGUUGCUAGCGAGGCAGGCUCUGGUGUUACCCGCGUGUGACACUUCUAAUCAGCUAGGACAAGCAACUGGCGGCAUACGGACGUUACAGUUGAGAGAUAAAUCUGCUUUUCCCUCUUUUUGCCUAAUCUGAAAUGCGGGACCUUUCACCAACCAUAUCUCCGAGCUGACACUGUGCUUUAAGAUGGCUUUUUUAUUGUUACAGUAACUAGAGUUAUGAGGGAAAGCGUUCCAUAUACAUAAUAAAUCAAAGGAAGAGGCAAAAUUCUGCUCCCACCUCUCGACCGAAGAUACAUAAUGUUUGUCGAGCAUCUUUCAAACAUCUGGCCCCUUAUUUCACUUUCCAAAAUCAGAGAGAUGGGCAGUGUAAACAAAGCGAGGUUCCAGGCUUUUCCUAUUUAUUUUUUAGUUGAAACUUUUUUUCCACUCCAAGACGGUGAGCAUUAUUUAAGCAUAAAAAAAAUAAAAUCAGUGAGGGUGUUUUCUAAAUGGACGUACACACACCUCUUUCAGCUGGCUCUCCUGGCAAUGUCAUUGUGCCUUGGAGUUUGAGAAAAGCUGCUCUCUGCGCUCAAGACCGAAGAGGUCUUGGAGAGGCCAUGGAGUAAACUUUUCUUGGCUUUUUCAAAAUGCACAAUGAACGAAAAGAAGUGGUGUUUCUCCUUGGGGUGAGCAGAUUUAAAACAAAGCCAUUGCUCAGCUCAAUUCUAAUCACAUGGAGGAGGCUUCACGCGAGAGAAAAAAAUGCUUUUUCAAAAGAACUAUUCCUCCCCCCCCAAAAAAUACCUAUGUAUUAAUGCAUUCCCUCAUGUCACAAGCUGUUUUAAUGCCAGUCACUUUUAAAAUCAAUUCAUGCAGAAGCGGCACAGCUGUAGGACAUUUACUAUUAUUGCCACUCUUUUCAUUGCCCGUAAUUAUUAUAAUUAUAUGUCACUUUCAAUAUGGCGCAUAAUUUCCAAUGAGUUGCAGACAAGCAUUUGAAAUUCCUAAACUGCCUGGAAAAAAAACCCCAGCAGCGUUGAACAAAAAGCACCGCCCGGUCAAGUUUCAGGUUUUCCUUGCUACCUAAUAUUUCUUGCAGGUUUGCGAUGAGGGGAAAUAGAAUUAUGUUGUAUUGAAAGGGGGGUGUGCGAGAGGGAGGCUAAGUCCAAGAAUAUCUUAAAAGCAACAUUGUCACCGAGUUUCAACGGCUGAUCUCUCUUCCUGUCGCUUCCCUCCAGAAUUACAAGGUGUUACUGUGCACUUGAUAAUAUGAUGAGAAGGUGGAGAAAGCCAAACUUUCAUUGUGCCAAUUAAAAUAAAUAAAUUAAAUAAAUAAAGCGCACAUGCUUUUUUCUUCUUCUUUCAGCAGGCUCCGUUAUUUUCCCAAGGUAUUCAAACAGAGAAGCGCCAGUUCCAAAGGUGACUUGUCCGCCCACUCCCCACCACAAAUGUCAUUAUUAUAAAAGACGGAUCAUUUAAAAACGGUCACCACCCCCAUACAAAGAUCACAGGAGUAAAACUGAUUGUUGACAAUAAUCCCCGAGUUGGAUCUGAUCAACAUUUUUUCCCUCCACUUGCAAAAUUAAAUAAAAAAAUUAAAAAACCAUGACAGCAGAUGCUCGGGAUGAACAUGGAUGAGGGGGCAUUUCUGUGUGUGUGCUUUUUAACAAAAGAAUAAAAACACGAAGAGUGCAAAUUGCUGCGAAAU